GAGUGAGCAGGAUCCCACACCCUCUUCAUUCGGAGUACUCCAUCGUUUCAGUGGAGUUUUGCUUGGUUUUUAGCGCGACGUAUUUUGGUAUGUAAAGAACACCGACUCUUUAGGUUGAAGACUUCGACAAGGAUGCCAACAGUCCAUAAACAAAUGUUGCUUAUCUUUGGGGAAUUCUUGUGUGCCACUGCUAAUAGUGGAAAUGCCUGAGAAAAAGUGAACGAGUGCAGCUACCAAGGCAGGGACGGAGUGCAGGAUUAUGUUGGCUGCAACGAUCACAGCAGCGCUAAUCUAUUUUUUGGUUCAACGCUCUGGAGCCUUGGCCCUUGGUACAGCAUGUUGGGACGAACGGCUUUCGCGAUCAGGAAAAAACAACAGCUGUGUGGCCUCACAGCCUUUCCUGAUAUUCGGCCAUGGGAAAGCUAUUCAUCGGAUGGACCUCGAUGGGAAGAACCAGAGGAGGAUUCUGGCUGGGGUGGGAAGACCGAUCCUGCUCGACUUUCAUUAUAGAGAGGAGAGAGUUUACUGGGCUGACAAACACAGUGGGGUCAUUUACAAAGCAUCAGCGGGUGGAGCCCACAGACAGAAACUUUCAUCUGACAAACAUAUCUCCGGCCUCGCAGUUGACUGGAUUUGGAACAGAGUAUAUUGGACAAGUGAAGAAAAGGGAAAAAUCAAGGCAUUGGAUAUAAACGGGAAAAAUGAAAGGACUCUUUUAAGACACUUGACCAAACCAAGUAACAUAAACGUUGACCCUACUAACAGGUUUCUUUUUUGGCUCUCUGGUGGGAUGACUCCGAGUAUCCAGCGGAGUGAUGUGACAGGACAGACGAAAACUACACUUAUAAAGAUAGCAGAAAAACUGGAAGCAUUGUCCAUUGACCGAGAGGAAAAAAGACUGUUCUGGGUUCAGUUUGGUCUACAAGGAAAAAGCGCCAUUGCUUCUUGUGAUUACGACGGGAACGUUCUGCACAUCAUAGAUCAGCCUCUUAGGUCUCAGUCAAUGGGGAUAUCAGUUUUUCUGGAGCACUUGUACUACACUGAUGCUGCUACUCGGCUUAUAAAACAAGUAAACAAAUACACUGGCGGAGCACCACUGAACUUAAAACAAACUGCAAAACCCCCAGGUGCUAUCAAGGUGGUACACCCCCUCAACCAGCCAAUGACAGACUACCAAUCAUCAUUCCCAGGUUGUGACGAACAGAGUGGAAAUUGCAUGAAUGUUUGUUCCAGUAUAGUCGAGAAAGGGAUCUGCCAGUGCAGUGAAGGCUUUGCUCUAAAUAAGCAAGGCACUCAUUGUGAAGACGUGAAUGAAUGUGCCCGUUGGAACCACGGCUGCUCUCUUGGUUGUGAAAACAUCCCAGGGUCCUAUUUCUGUAGCUGCCCUAAAGGAUACGCUCUCCUACCGGACAGGAAGACAUGUGGAGAGAUCACCCCAUGCAGAGGGAAUAUCACGUGUGGCCAUGGAUGCCUGUCAACAGACGAGGGGGAUGUGUGUGUGUGUCCAGAGGGAUCGUCCCUGCAGGAGGAUGGACAAGCCUGUACUGGCUGCUUGUCUGCAGACAGAGGGGGGUGCAGUCAGCUCUGCACUCCUGUCACUCCUGCUAGGUGGCAGUGUGGAUGUCUGCCGGGAUACCAGCUCCACCAAGACGGCAAACGCUGCAUCGCCACUGGUCCACCACAAUAUCUACUAGUUGCUAAUUUUGACAACGUACGGCAAAUUGAUCCUGAUGGCUCUGGUGAUCAAACAGUUGUGGAAGAGCCCAGAGGAGCAAUCAUAGCUUUGGACUAUGACCCUGUCCAGCAAAAUGUGUACUUUGCUAGUACAAGCCAGAAGACAAUUGAGAGUGUUAAUUUGAACAGUGGAUCGAGAGACAUUCUUGUCUCUGAUGGUUUGGACUCUCCAGAAGGACUGGCGAUAGACUGGAUCCACCGCAGGAUGUAUUGGACCGACACAAGCCAGUCAACUAUUGACUGCAGUAACUUGGUUGGACUGAACAGAGAAACCAUUGUAAGCAAAGGGCUGGAAAAACCAAGAGGAAUUGCAGUUCAUCCUUUGGCAAAGAAGUUAUUCUGGACUGACAUAGGGGCUGUGCCUGUCGUGGAAAGUUCCUCUUUGAAAGGGAAGCACCGUGUUGUCAUUGCUAGCACUAACCUUGUGUCACCAAGCGGCCUGACCAUCGAUUUCCCGGAGGAUCGUCUGUUCUGGUGCGACCAGAGCACGGGCCUGGUGGAGACGGCUGCUCUGGACGGUUCAGAUCGACAAGUCCUGGUAGAGAACCAAGCCCGACCUUUUGACCUUGCCGUAUUUGAGGACAGGUUGUGGAUAUCCGAUCGGGAGCACCAGCAGCUGAGGAGCGUACACAAGCGCACUGGGAGAAAACUGCAACGUAUCCAUGGGAACAUGGUCCAACCAGCAUCCAUUGUGGUGGUUCAUCCCCUUGCUAAACCAGGGGCAGAUGUUUGCCUUCACCUGAACGGAGGUUGUGCCCAGGUGUGUAAAAGCAAACUGGGAUUGGCGCACUGCUCCUGUCUGCCGCGCUACAUCCUAUCAUCUGACGGGAAAAGCUGCCUGCCUGAGGAUGCAACUAACGGAACAGCAGAAUCUGGAGACAGUGAGUCAUCAGAUUUAACGUCUCUCAAAAACAAAACCUUCAACGAUGAGGGCACCCCCUUGACCCCGGAGCUGUCAGCGGAUAAAGCCCAGGAUGAUCUAGACUCUGAAGAAGACAACGAUCCAACUCGCUUUACAGACAAGAUGGUUUCCGACCAGCAUGAGUGUUACUCUCUUCGCUGUGAUGUUAAUGCAGAGUGCCUGCUGAGUGCUGGCAGCCCGACCUGUCUCUGUCUAGAAGGUUUUACAGGUGAUGGACAGGUCUGUGCUGAUAUUGAUGAGUGCAAACAGGAAACGCACAAAUGUGACAAAAAUGCAGAAUGCCAAAAUGCCAUGGGAAAUUAUCUCUGCAAGUGCCAGGCUGGAUAUUAUGGCAACGGGAAGACAUGUCAAGAGUUGGAGACCACGACACCAUGGCUGAUGACCGGUAGUCCAGCUGAUGUCACCACCGGGCACCACGACAGUAACUCAGUAGAGAGUUGCCCCUCCUCCUAUGAGUCCUACUGUCUGUACCAGGGUGUCUGCGUCUACUUCCCUGAAAUGGAGGCCUAUGCUUGCAAUUGUGCACCAGGCUAUAUGGGGGAGCGUUGUCAGUUCAGUGACCUGGAGUGGUGGGAGCUUCAGCAGGCCGAGGAGGAGAAGAGGAGGAACGUGGUGAUCGCGGCCUGCAUGGUGCUCCUUGUCUCCCUGCUCUCCAUCGCUGCUUGCGCCACCUACUGCUACGGAACUAGAACAUUCUUCCACAAACAGCCCUCAGGGGAUAAUGUGAGUGAGAACAGCGUGACAGAUGAGAGCAUGUCAGAGAACACCACCAGCAUGCCUCGGUUCUACAUGGUGGCAGCAAACGGCAUGAUGGGAAAGAUCAUCCCUGCCAUGGGCUGUCCCAGAAGAGCCGUCUGUCCAUCCUGCUCUUCAGAAACAGGUGACAACCCUGUGUCUGAAGGGUCGGGAACAUUGUCCCAACACAACAGAGGGUACGAGUGUUCCAUGGUGUCUGCUGUUGCCAUGGAGACCACGCAUCCACAUGUCCAUCACUCAAGUCAAUCACCGUCAAGCUCAUACCGAGUGGUGCAGGGAUGAAGGUGUUACGUAAGCCGACCAAGAAGUUAGAAUUUGGAGGAGCUCCCUCGAAAAGCCAUUGGAUUUUCUAAUGGAUUUUAGAUAAUUGCAGAAAAUAAGCUCAGUGACAAAUCAAUGUCUAUGAUACGUAAGGAUAAUCUCCACUUAUUAACCCUGCUUUCAUAAUUGUUGUAAAUGCAAUUGCUACAAGUAGAAGCUAACGUUAGGCUAUGAAGGAAGUGCAUCACAGUCGCAUGGCUUCACGUCACCACUGCUAAGCUAAAGGCGGACUGGAGUUCGGAUUGUUAACGUUAAAUUGUUUCAUUUAGUCAGCAACCUCCAUUUUACAAUGCAUAGAGACUCGCCAGUAUGUUGCAGAACAAAUGUGAAACACUCUUAAGCUUUGGGUAACCACAAACUAUGCUAACCAAAAACCCAUUCAAAAAAACUGAUAAAAUGUGAAAUAAUUUCCUGGAUACAGGACUCAUUCCUGCACCACCCGAUCCCUUUAUUUCUUUAAGGUUUUAUAAAAAUAAAACCUCACAAAUGAAAGAAAUGUCAUGGAAGAUGUUACUUAGUACCUAACCCUAUAACCUAAAUAUAUCUGCCGAUUUCUUUAACAUUCACAUUUUAAUAAUGCCAUGCCAGUUUAUUAAACCAUGACAUCAAGUCAAAUUCCUAGUAGCCUAUGUGCGAACCUACCUGGCAAUAAAUCUGAUUCUGAUUAUAUUGUAGACACAUUUAAAUGGAAGCACCAGAUUAAAAAAGGUUGAUUGACAUACAUUGUUUUAAUAUUACAAGAUGUAGUGACGGCAGUUUGUUUGACCAGUAAAUCAAACUGGACGUAAAGUUAUGCAAGUUUGAAGGAAACGAUAUGGCACUAGACUGAGCAAUACAAAUGUAUUCUAUAAUGCCCCGUUUUCUGAAAUAAUGUAUUCAAAAAUGAAACCUUCUCUGCUCUAGCAUUUAGGUCAUACUAAUAAUGUGGCUGAAAAUAGCGUCAUGUAAAAAAAACAUGGUCUAUGCCUUUAUCAAAAAAGCUCCAAAGUAGAUCAAAAGUAUGUUAUCAUAUUAUCAAGUGUUAUAACUGGGCAACAUCUUGUUAUACAUUUCCGCCUACUUUUUGAAAUAAAUCAAAGAAUAAAGCUUAUGGCACAACAAGCUGUUUUUUUUUUUUUAGAUGGACCCAUCAGAAAAACAGCGUAUUUGUGUUUGUGAAGCAUAAAGCAAAAAUACUGACAAAAAAAUUCACGGGAAUUUUGUUUUAUAGCUCGAAAGCAAAGUUUUGCCUCAUGUGUUUUCCAUGUUUCUUUUACCACACAAGUAAACAGUACGGGAUGGCCUACAAAAACGUUGUAGUGCAAGGUUUGUUGGGAUAUUUGUAUGCAUUUCAGCUUCCAGUGAAUAAUUGACGUUGGUUGCCAUCUCUAAGAAGGAUCUCAAGUCUCCCAUCAAAUAGUGCAAAAUGUUUGUGCAGCCUUCUCAAUAACGCAAUGUGUUGUGUUUCUGGCGUGAGCAAGUCAACAGGUUUAAUAAUAACUUUGAGCUACAAUUAAAACGUAUCUUCCCCAAUAACAAAUAACUGCUUCUGUUAUAAAAAGGGAUGCAUUUAGUUUUAGUGUUUGGAAAUCCCCAAUGUUUGCCCAUGUGUUCUUUAUUUCAUGGAUUAGUUUCAUGUAAGACGGUUUUCCUUUAAGGCUGUUCUACUUUAAACUCCAUGAUAUGUUAGAUCCAGUUUGAGAUUGUAUCAUCAAGCUGUGUGAAAGAAUGUUUUUCUCAUCUUGUCAAUCAGAUGUUGUAAAAAUAUAAAAACGACUGAAAAUCUACUAUAUAGCAACUUGAUCAUAGUUAGCCAAGUAUGACAGCUAGCACAUCAGAGCCUUAGCUCAACUAAGCUAACACGACUAACCUGACAACUGUGAUAUUGUUAACAAUUGUAUAUUUUUAUUUUUAUACAAAAGAUCUGUGUUAACGUGUGUCAAAGCAAAAUGUAUAUGUACACAUUAAAAAAAACAAGGUAGGAGAACACUGAGCUGGAUAGCCGUUUAGUUGAGGACUGAAUGUGAUAGCUUGGUUUCAAAGGGAGGGAACUUGUAGUUGAUUUCCGUUUCAUUUCUUUGAAGGUUUUUAAAUCUAGACAAGCAAAACUGUGGUAAUAUUAUUAUUUUUUAAACACAGCCACCUUCAAGAGAGUUGAUUCACACUGUAUUCUAUUAUAUUUGUUUCAGC